AUGGCCCAUUCUAUGGCCGACGCCACCGUCUUGGCUUGGUGCAGUGCAAGGGCGACAUUGGCUAGAAUAGCUGCAGGAAGUGCAUCCAUAAUUCCACCCAACGAGUCGUCGGAUACUCUCAGCUAUUCCAACACCAACUUCUUUGGUCUCCUAAAUUCUGAUGAUUAUGGGACUUGGUAUUGGACAAAUGGUAAAGUGACAGAUACUACAGCCUUCAACGCGAAGUUGGGGAGUCUGCUCAAGGAUCUGACUUCUCAAUCGACAACAGGGCCUUCAAGGUUCAUGUUCGCUAUGGGUAGCAUCCCGUACACCGAUCUACAGACGAUCAAUGGGCUGGUGCAGUGCACCGGGGACACCAGCCUCACUGAUUGCAAGCAGUGUUUGAACAGCACCAGGUCAAAGAUCCCAACGACUUGCAAAGACGCACACGGCUGCGAAAUUGCCACGGGAAGUUGCCGUGUGAGCUUUGAGGAGAGCAGAUGCGAUGGAUGGAGCAACACUCGACUUGGCUACUGUCAAAGCGCCACGGAUGAUUUUGCACUCAAAAAUAAGCUUAGAGAGGGAGGAUCCGGGCCAACAACCCUACCCGAUGGUCAAGAAACAGCUGUAAAGAGGCUGUCACGCAAUACAGGGCAUGGUCCGAAGCAAUUCGACAAUGAGGUGCUGACACUCACCAAACUUCAACACAGAAAUCUUGUCCGACUUUUAGGAGGCUUUAUGGAAGCUGAAGAGAAGAUACUCGUCUAUGAGUAUGUGCAGAACACAAGUCUCGACAAUUUUCCCUUUGGAGAGCCAAUGAAGCACAUGCAAUUGGAUUGGCCAGUACGUUUCAAGCUCAUAAAUGGAAUAGCCAGAGGGAUUUUAUAUCUUCAUGAAGAUUCAAGGCUUAGAAUUGUUCACAGGGAUCUGAAAGCAAGUAAUGUCUUAUUAGAUGAAGACACGAACCCCAAGACAUCAGACUUCGGCACUGCAAAGAUCUUCGACACAAACCAAACACAAGCCAAAACAUUUGAAUUGUGGGGACUCGGUAAAUUGGUUACUGGCUACCACAUCCCCAAUGGUGUGCGUCUCUUGGUCAACGUCUGGGCUACCAGCCGGGACCCGAGCAUAUGGACCAAUCCACUGGAGUUCCAGCCGGAGAGGUUCAUGUCUGGAUCCAAGUAUGAGCACAUAGAUGUAAAGGGGACUGAUUUGAAGUUAUAUCAUUCAGAGCAGGCCAAAGAAUUUGCCCUGGCAUGA